ACAAGGAAGCUAAGCUCCUAAAGAAUUGUAGUGAGUGUUAAUGGAGCGCAGUGAUUACUUCUGUCGAGAGGCGGUGCUGCCAGCCGCACUCCUGACUGAAGCUGCAGUGUCGAGUGCUAGAAUUUGUGGCAUAAACUGUAUGUGGGUGAAAACAUUCGGUGAUAACGUGUGAGCUCAACUUUCCCCCUGUUCGUGUGAUGGUAGCAGCAAAGCCUGUUUUCGCAACAACCUGCUUCUUUCUGGUCCUCGCAUUCACAUGCUCUACUUCUCGCGUUGUGAGCUUAGUGGCUCAUGACGUUCUCGCGAGCAUCCCGAUAGUAUAUCACGGUGGUGGUAGUAGAAAAAGCAUACUGUUGUCAAAACGUUACUAUCGAGCACUAAUUUCAUGCCAAUUUAAGUUCUAACAAAUGUUCGCGUGGUCAUCUUAACCUUUGUCCUUCAGCUGAAGAUAGCACUCACAAUGAAAGCUAGAAUUCAGGAUGGUGUUGUCUAUUCCCCGUUCCCUGACGUGGAAAUUCCUUGCUGCUCUUUCUAUGAAGCAGUCGAGAGGGCACUUCUGGUCGAUUCGGACAAGCCUAUCCUGGCGGACGACUCUGUGACACUGACCAAGAAAGAACUGCUGUCACAACUACGGCGCUACGCAGCUGGCUUCCAGCGGCAUGGAAUCCGGCCUGGCGCUCGUGUCUGCGUCCACGUCAGCAACAACAUCGACAGCAUUGUCGCCAUGUGGGGCUGCGCCGUGGCCGGAGCAUCCAUUGUCCUCGCCAAGCCUUCGCUCACUGAAAAGGAGCUGCUGUAUCAAAUCACCGACAGCGACAGCACCCACCUUCUAGUUGACCCAGACCUCUCCGAAAAGGCUCGAAGCGCAGUGUCCGCUUUGGAACUCAAGGGUUGCUUGGCCACUGGUGCAGCGAAAGGCUUCGUGUCGACACUGACGUUUCUGGACAUCGACGAGACCGAGUUCCAGGAAACUACGUUGGAAGAUCCACGAGAAUGCGUCCUCUGCAUCCUGUACACGUCAGGUACCACGGGUCUGCCGAAAGGCGUCGAGCUGACGCACUACGCGUUACUGGCAAACCUUGGAAUGUCGAGGUGGACGUUCACGCACGAUGACUCGGACGUGGUACUUUUGCCAACACCCAUCACACACGGCUCCGGUUUGUUGUACAUAACGUUUAGCGUCCUAUUGGGCACGAAGACUGUUGUGAUGCCUCCCAACGCCAGCUUCGAAAACGUAAUACGUUCGGCCAGCAAGCAAAAGGCAACGGCUGCCGUAUUCCUUCCGUGCCACCUGCAGUAUCUGGUGGGAGAGAUUCAGCGCACGGGCCAGCGCAUCAACGGACUGCGAUGCGUGUGCACUGGCGGAAGUGCCCUGAGCAAGCCACAGUACGAAGCCGCCCGGGAGGCCUUCGGGAGUGAGCUUGAAUGCUUGGCGAACAUCUACGGUAUGACAGAAGCCAUAAGCCUGCUGUGCUCGCCGUCCCGGAAGGGGGCCGUCGGCAUCGAUAUGGGAUUUCCCGCGCCGAUGACGCAGAUAAAAAUCAUCGACCGGAUAACAGAAAGAAGACUCGGUCCAUAUCAAACGGGCGAGAUCCGCUACCGCGCGCCGACUGUAAUGAAGAGCUACUACAAGCGACCAAAGGAAACGGAGGAGUUUUUUGACGUCGAAGGAUGGUGCAAGUCAGGAGAUGCCGGCUACUACGACGAGGAAGGACGCAUACACUUCGUUCAGCGCUUUAAAGAAAUGAUCAAAUGUAUGGACAACCAGGUGGUUCCCGCUGCUCUUGAAGAAAUCUUGCUCGCAGAGCACUACCGAGUGGUGCAGGACGUCUGCGUAGUUGGCAUACCGAGCCCAAAGUACGGAGAGGCACCGGCAGCCGCCGUUGUGCCUAGAAACACGGAUCACAAAGCCCUCGUCGAUUUGGCCAAUAGAAUUAAAUCUACCAUUGUUGAACAUUUUGCCGUGCACAAGCACCUCUACGGUGGUGUCUUCUUCCUGGACUCACUACCCAAGACUGAAUCCGGAAAGAUCAACAGGGUUGCCGUCCUUGAACAGUGUGCCUCGCUGUCUGCGUACUAAAUGACCACCGCACACAGCGGAUUGCGCUAGAACUUCACUAGCUUUCGCAAGGAGACGCAUUGGACAUCUAAGGCUCAUUUUAUGCGGUUACUAAACUUGCCCAUUUACUGAAAGCGAACACCUUGAAAUGUGCCAUACACCAACCAACAUCUAUUUUACCUAACAAAUUAACCUUACGUGACGUUUGCGCUACAAAUGCAAAUAAAAAACACUUAACAUCGCUUUAAAGCAGCUGAAUUGUACGACCAUAUAUAUACCUAAUAUUAUUGUGCACGAGCCAUUUUGCCAUCCGCAGACUGAAACUUCGCCGUCACGUUUUCAAUAUAUAAACACAUUCACGCUACAGAAUUUUAAGCAUCAUAUGGACCAGGUAAGUCGGAGGGCCUAUACUUAACAUUAAAUUCAGAUGCUUUGCAUAUAAUGCAUUCAUUGCUGCAUAUACGAAGACAUAUCAGCAAUAUUUACUUUCUGUAACGAAAGCGCAAGCACCUAAAAGCGCCAAAGCCAUGGUAAAGAAAGCAUUUACUGACGGCAAUACGCUAUAAGCACAUAAGGCUUAAAUUUUCGUUUUGUGUGAGUGGCCGCUUGUUAGACAGGAUGUCUAGGCCGACAAUGACUCUGGUGCGAUUUAAAACCGCAAGUCGUCGAAAUAUGAUGACGGGAUUUCUUGCAGCUACGCCGACAAAACCUGUCACCGUGCGAUGUGCCUCUGAACGAUUACAUCACACCGUAACGCGAUUGACACAGCGCUAUACGCUUGUAUUCCUGUUAUUCCUGUUAUAUGGUAUCAAGGUUUCGUUAAUGUAUAAACUUAGAGGAUGUGAAAGCAAUAAAGCAUACUUAAACAAUAUCAGAG